GUGAGAAAAAGCAAGAGAGAGAGAGAGAGAGGAGGUGUGUGGGGGAGAGAGGGAGAGAAGGGGGGAGAUGCUGUUGCCUGGUAACAGCGGUGAAGUAGAGAACUCAGUGUUUUCCAGCUCGUAGGAAGAGAAUCUCACAGGAAACGAUGGAUGCAACACGGACCGACUGUGAGGAAAAGGAAAACAGCUGAUUGUGACUCCGGACGGCCUCCAGGGAAUCAAAGAGAAGGAGGACAGCACGGCUCGUCCCUCAGCCUCCAUUAGCAGCAUCAGGAUCCAGCCGGGGGUGUGGAGCAGCCUGCGGAUGUCCCACCUGCAGAUGUAAACAGUGAUGACGCUCACUUGGAAGCAGCUGCUCUAAAAAAAAAAAAUAGAGGAUCUGAAGGUAGAAGAAGGGAAGCUCUCCAAACACUGAAGAGGCAUCUUACCUCACUACAUCAUCCUCAGCGAGCUGAAGCCUGUCCUCCCCGGCAGAGGAUGGGUACAGCAGAAGCCACUUUACGCAUGGACAGCAUGGAGGUCAAGGACGAGUGGCAGGACGAGGACUUCCCCAGGCCUCUACCAGAAGAUGGAGAUGUUGAUUCUUCAUGUGGCCUCACCGACAACAGAAAAUACCCCCCCGCCUCUCUGAAUGUGGGAGAGAGCGUGGCGCAGCAUAAACGUCGCACCCUGGUGGCCCCCGACAUGAACCUGUCCCUGGAUCAGAGCGAGGGCUCCGUGCUCUCUGACGAUUUUCUGGAAACGCCCGACGACCUGGACAUCAACGUAGAAGACAUCGAGACCCCCGAUGAUACCGACUCGCUGGAGUUCAUCAACAACGGCAACGAGCUGGAGUGGGAAGAUGACACGCCGGUGGCCACCGCCAAACGUCUUCCAGGCGACAGCGAGGAGGAGAGAGACUCGUCGGGUCGUCUGUGGCGAACGGUGAUCAUCGGCGAUCAGGAGCAGAGGAUCGACAUGCAGGUCAUCAGGCCGUACCUGAGGGUGGUCACACAUGGAGGUUAUUAUGGCGAGGGUCUGAAUGCCAUUAUCGUGUUUGCAGCCUGUUAUCUUCCUGACAGCAGCUGUGAGGACUACACGUACAUCAUGGAGAACCUCUUCCUAUAUGUGGUGAGCAGCCUGGAGCUUCUGGUGGCAGAAGAUUACAUGAUCGUCUACCUGAACGGAGCCACUCCUCGCAGGAAGAUGCCCGGCAUCAGCUGGCUGAAGAGGUGCUACCAGAUGAUUGACAGGAAACUGAGGAAGAAUCUGAAGUGUCUCAUCAUCGCUCACCCCACGUGGUUCAUCCGGACCGUCCUCGCCAUCUCAAGACCCUUCAUCAGUGUGAAGUUCAUGGAUAAAAUCCGUUACGUUCACUCACUGACGGAGCUGAGCCAGAUCAUCCCCAUGGAGCAUGUGCAGAUCCCUGAGUGUGUGCUGCAGUAUGACGACGAGAAGAUAAGAGCACAGACGGAAAGACUUGAGCAAGAUCAGCAGCAGAACCACUCAACAGCAGCUAAAGAAAGGCCAAAGUCAAUGAUAGCAGAUGUUGGCUGUGGCAUCUGACAUUAAGGGUUUGAGAUGGAGGAACUGGUGGGGGAACAUUCAUUCAUUACUCCAGGAGCCUUUCGCAAAUCUCCUGACUGGAUUCAUUGGCUGCAAGACAAUCAUUUUCAAAAUGUCCUUCGCUGCUCCUAUAACUGAAAGUUCAUCUGCACCAAAGGCAUCAAAACAUACGUAAAAAGUAAAUCCAAAAAAGAGUUUCUGCUCCCUGCAUGACGAGGUGAGCUUCAUCUGCAGCAUGACUUCCAUCAUAUCAACACAAAUCUAUAAUGGACUUUCAAACAUCUUCCGACAGAGAACGUUGUGUAAAUAAUUGUUUAUAUAUAUUUUUGAGAAAGGUGUUUGUGCAGAUAUUUUUUUAUAUAUAUAUAUAUAUAUAUAUAUAUAUAUGGAUGAUAUGGAAUGGGUAUCGUGAAGUUUCAUGAGUGUUUACUGAAAAAUAAUGUGCAAUGAUAUUGUUCUUAGACUGACAGUUAGAUGUUACCGAUGCAAACGUGUUGCAGUUCUCAAAGUUUUUCCAGAGUUUAAUAUGCAGGUGGCAUGCUCGUUAAUAUCCUCCGUCACAUGUUAACAUCCAGAACGUUUUUUGCCAUCAUGUUUUAAAAGAUACUUUUACAAGACAGAUGCAGAUGAACACAAUGAAAUAUAUUUAAGGAGAGAGUUUAAUUCAUUUCUAUAAGUGUUAUUUAUGAAAAUGUGCCAUUUACUGUUUGUAAAAAAAAAUUAAAUGAGUGAACUUAAAACAUACUUUGUCAGGACUCUUGUAUCCAGACUUCACCUCUGAUACAAACUACAGCCUAAAGUCCAUAUACAUUACAAAUACACUGCUUAUAGCCGAUAUGCAUUCAAAAUAAACAGCCUUGUCCAUUCCAUAUGCAUUUAAGUAUUAUUAUCCUUACACUCAAGUAUUGCAUGAUACUUAUUAUUACUCACUGAUGCCUAUUUUGACUCUUGCUGCUGUAAUAUUGCAAAUUUCGCCAUUGUGGGUCUAAAUAGACAGCAUUGCCCAUAUACAUUACAAAUGUACACUGUACAGCCUGUACACAUUAAAAAUAUACAGCCUAGUCCAUUACAUAUACAUUACAUAUACCCAGCUUUGCCUGUAUACAUUACAAAUGGUCAGCCUUGCCCAUAUAUAUAUAUAUAUAUAUAUAUAUUAUGAAUAUACAGCCUUCCCAUAUACAUGAAUAAUUGACAGCAGUGCCAAUGUACGAUACAAAUAUAGAGCAUCAGCCUUACCAUGUACAUUAAAAAUGACAGCUUUACAUUAUAAAUGAACAGCCUUGCUCCUAUACAUUACAGCUUAUAUCUAAUCCCUUUUACUGCCUCUCGCUCCACUUUGCUCCUGCAUGUUUUUGACACGUCCUGGUGAGUUAUUAAAGGACAUAAUUCUGAUUUAUGAGCGUCAUCACAGCUGAUGUUCUUUGCAUCAUUUGGACUUCUCGAAGGGACCCUUUACUUUUUAUUGGAAAGGUCACUGUGAUGAGGACGAUAUGUCCCUCUUUGUUCUGUGUGUUAUUUAAAGGUUUGUAUGACAAACGAUUGAUUGACUGAUUUAGCCAUGAAAAAGAUAGUGUAGUGUUUUGGUAUCUUAGUAUCAGAUUACGUCUCUCAGUCUAUGAUAAUAUUAGCAUUCUAACAAAAAUCUUAAAAUAGACAAAGGUCUGUUUCCUGAUAAUUAAUGUUGAAUAAUUAUAAAGAAAAACACAUGUUCACUCUCAGAAAAGUAAAGAAUAUAUCUCAUACAUUCCAGCACAGAGCUAGAAGCUGGAGGCCAACGUCUUAUUUUAGAAUCAAGGCAGGGAACAGGGGGAACAUCUUUCCUGGCUCUGUCUAAAGUUUGUAAAAACACAUACCAACACCUCUGUGGCCGACUGACUAACACCUGGUUUCAUGUGUACGUGCACAGAAAUGUAAAAAAAACAAAAAUUUUGACGAAAUAAUAGUCGGAAAGAUAAAACAACCAACUUAGAUCAUGUUAAUAAGUGAACUAUUAGCAAGGUUAGAUGUUUCCAUUCACCUUUGUGCUAAGCUAAGCUUAUUUACCCUCAUUAUCCAGUAAUGAAGCCAACAUCGACUAAGGAGGAGGUGGGGUUUAUGACCUUUACUGCAGCCAGGCAUUAGGGGGUGAUGGAGACACUUUGGCUUCACUGUAAUGGCGUCCAUAUUUAUAUACUGUACAGUCUAACUACUUACUACUGCAGAAACAUGAGAGUCUCAUCUGAGUCUGUGAACAUUUUGUCCUUGAAAAAUGUCAAUCUUUUCCUUUAAGCCUUGGAAGUGUAGCUAAUUUGACAACUUCCCAGUUCAACAGGUAAUUUGACUGUCAAAUUCUAAAUGUACUCGUCAACAUACGGCUCAAGUGAAGGUUUGUCUUGUUGGUCUUAGAUGGAAGAAGAAUGUGCCCCACAUGCUGUACAUAGUGGAUCACACGCUCUGGGGUCCUAUAGUGUGUCUGAGCGUAUGUAGGGCAGUUUUAUAAUCCUGAAUUCUUUACCCACAACUAACUUCUUCUGUUUACCAACAACCUCAUAACUGCCAAUGACUUUUACCUAAGAGGGGAAAAUGUUGCAGCGAAUCACUUUUACUCAUGUGAAAGUGUCUUAAGUUGUGAAACAUGAGUUCAGCUUCUCCUUCACUAAUACGCUUACUGAGAUAAGAGGCCGUAAACAACACAAGGUGAGGCCGCACACAUCCGGAGGUGUGUAAGGAAAAGGGGCAGAUAAGCAGUGGGCUUCUGCACGUUCAAAGGAAAGCUGCUAUCAGACAUGCGGCCGCGACUCGUGGUCACACAGCUGGCGGCCAUGCUCUCUGGCCGGUUGCCUCAGAAAUAUGUGUGUGACACAGUAGGCAGACUCACAACAGCUGCCUAAAUAUAGCCGGCUGCUUCUGGUUUUCACUCGUCUGGAGCUGUUGAAGCACGGAAAGUUUCCGUGUGAAAAGCCAAAGACCCAAGUUUUUUCUUUGUGAUACAGAUGUGUCAGGAACAAGGUGUGACUCAUACACCCUGAGCUGUACCACACUGAAUCCUAAUGAUUGUGCAGUUCACAGACUUUUGCCUCCUUUCUAAAUGAUACUUUUCCUUGGACAAAAUCUCUCUUUGUCUUAAAGACUUGGAGUUUUUCAAAAUUAUCUCAGAUUCACAAUGAUCAUAGAAGCUCCAGACUGUAAUCGUAGAAGCACCACGUGUCUGUCGAGCGUCUCACAACGUUUCAUUUUACGUUUCACAUCUCGGCCAAAUCGCUCGUUUCUCUCUAAUCUUCUAAGAACUCUGAGAACUCUAAUUUGUCGGGCGUUCACACUGACCCCCUGGACAGCAGGUGGAAAAUCAGGGAUCCGCUUUCAUGCAAAUGAGUUGCUCCUACUUCGUCCUCCUCUCAUUGGGGCUCCAGGCUGUGUAGCGUCAGCUGACUGGGUGUGGGACGGAGAGGCCUGAUUGGUUUGGGGGGGGCAUGAUGCUGCAGCAAAUCCCUAUAUAAACCCGGUGAGGAGAUUGUCUAUCAAUGAAGUAGUAAAAGGAGGGAACGUCUGUGACUCAGAGCGAGGGAAAGGUUUUCAGAAGAAGCCUUGGGUAGAGACUGUUUGCUUUGGCUUGGUUCCCUUCUUUUAUUUACUGAAUUCCACAGGUGACCAACACACAAAACAGCU